AUGUCAGUCAGCACUUGCGCCCUUUCAGGACUUCCUCUAGAAAAUCCAGUUGUGUGCGUCAAAACAGGCCAUGUUUUUGAAAGAGAUCUAAUAAAGAAACAGAUUUAGCAUACAGGAUAAUGCCCACUUACAGGAGUAGAUCUAUCUUUUGAACAAGAUUUUAUUGAGCUUCAGGUAUCACAGUCUGCUCUACCAAAGCCUCCAGUAGCUAAUAACAUCCCAGGUGUUCUCCAAAUGCUCUAAUCUGAAUGGGAUAAUGUUAUGCUAGAAGUAUUCUAGCUUAGAAAGAGUUUGGAGCAAACUAGAAGAGAAUUAUCCCAGGCCCUUUAUUAACAUGAUGCUGCAUGCAGAGUUAUUUGCAGACUCAUGAAAGAAAAAGAUGAACUAUAAAAUGUUUUAAAGUUAACAUCAGAUAAAAUGGAGUAAUACAAAAGUGAGCUCGCAUCUUAAGUUGUGUAAGGAGGCAGCUCUGGGUAAGGAUACGUUAGAGAAGAGAAAGAGGAUGAAGGAAUAUAUAAAGAAUUGGUUAAUAGAAUGGAUAAACUUUCAGAUGAGCUAUUAGCAUCAAGGAAGCACUUUAAAGCCCCAGUGUCAUACCCUAAGCUAGAGGAAUACAAGUAACUAAAGUAAAUAGGGUCAUUUCCUCUUCAUGAAAGCACUAAGCCUGGUAUAUUAGAUUUGGACAUUAAUUCUCUUGACGACAGAUUUAUUCUGACAGGUGGCAGAGAUUCAAAGGUCAUUCUUUUCGAUAGGAAAGAGGGCUAAAUAUUGAAAAAACUAGAGCCUUUUGACUCAAAGAAAAAGCCAGCAGCAACAGUUGCUAAAUUUGUACCAGGAUAAAACGAGCUAUACAGUUUAGUUGGAUCAGCAGAUGGCGAAGCAGCUAUUUGGGCAUUAGAUUACUAAAACAAUCAUUAUCAAGAAAAAUACGCUUUCAAGCAUCAUAAAAGUGCUAUUACUGGAAUGACUUUCUAAGCUCUCAACGAGUAUGCAGUAGUUGGAUCCAAAGAUAAGACUUGGAGUUUCCACAGUUUAUUCCAAGGAGUAAGACUCGCAACAGUUUAAGAACAAGAAGAAGUUCACUCUGUUGAAUUUCACCCUGAUGGAUUAGUCUUAGCAGUAGGAUUAAAGAAUGGAGCUGUCAAGAUUUAUGAUAUUAGAACAUAGCAGUCUGUACUAGAAUUCGCAGAUUUCAAAGGUUAAGGAGAAGUGAAGAGCUUAUCUUUCUCGAACAAAGGUGUUCAACUUGCUGCUGGAUGGUCAAAUAUGAAAGAGUGUAAAGUAUUCAGCUUAAGAAAGACUAAUGAAGUGCUAAGUCCACUAAAUACUACUGAAUCGAACUCAACAUAAGCUGUUUCAUUUGAUCAUUAUGGUGGGUAUUUGCUAACAGGAUCUGGAAAUGUGGUUAACAUUUAUGGCGGAAAAUAAUUGAGAGAGCCAACACAUUCUAUUGUUGCUCACGAGGGAAUCAUUAAUGUCGCUAAGUUUUCACCUCAAGGAAGUCUUGUAGUGUCAGGAGCAGAGGACAGAUUUUUAAAAAUUCACUCUUUAUGA